CUUCCUCAGGAUUUCCACCUGGUUGGACAGGACAGAUUUAACGAAACUUGGCGAAAUGUUGAGUUUGGGGAGCGGGGGUGGGAAACCUGUAAAGCCAUCGUUCGUGUCCUAUGUCACUCCCGAGGAAAUUAAAUCAACUGAGAGAGAAACGUCAAGAAAAGAGAAACAUCCUGACUUAUUACCGGGGGAGGUCGUGUUCUGCAGCACCAACCCUGUCCUGAAGUACACGCAGGAUGACGUGUCCCAGCGCGGCAUCUUCGGAACGCUGGUCUGCACCAACUUCCGCAUCGCCUUCGUCAGCGACGAGGCCCCCUCGGAGGAGCAGGCCCAGCUCUUCAAGAAUAAGCUGUAUGGAGAAAAUGACAUUCCUCUGACAUGUGUGGAUCAUAUCUAUGGAGGCUACGACGAGAAGAAGAAGCUGAUCACAGGUGGUCUGGUGAGGAACAAGUACCCGUCCAAGAUCAUCAUUCACUGUAAAGAUCUGAGGGUUUUCCAGUUCUCGCUGACGUACGCUAAAGAAGAGGAAGCUAAAAAGAUCUUCCAAGGCAUUAUCCACCACAGCUUAGAGCCCAAGUCUCUGAAAUGCAUCUUUGCCUUUUCCUACUGUGAGAAAGCCACAGCAACUCCUGAGAUCCACAGGACUCCAAGAACAGUGAUGUUUGACACUGUUGAGGACUGGACCCAGGAAAUGAAACGAACCAAAGGGAACUGUAAAGUAGUCUCAGCCAAUGAAAACUUCAGCCUCUCUCAAAAGUUGCCUCAGUUUUUCAUCAUGCCCACGGCUGUUUUAGAUGAGGAUAUGACAAAGUUUGAGGGAAAAGGAUUACCUAUUUGGUGCUGGUCUCACCACAGUGGAUGCGCUCUGUUUAAAACGGCCUCUUUACCUUUGAUGCAAGAGGACGGCUAUUCCCAGGCGUACAAGAUCUACAUGGAGAGAAUGCUGAACGCUGUGGCUCAGACCCACCUUUAUUCUGUGAAAACUGAGGAACUGUCCGACACGCUGCCAACGAUUCAGGACAUCCAGCAGUCUUACAGCAGGUUCAAGCAGUUCUUCCUCAUCGAUAAUACUACUGAAUUUUGGCUGUCAGACAUGAAAUGGUUUUCUUCUCUGGAAAAUUCCGGAUGGCUGGACAUCAUAAGACAGUGUCUUCAAAAAGCUGUUGAGGUAGUUGAAUGCCUGGAGAAGGAAAACACAAAUGUUCUGAUAAUGGAGGAGGCCGGUUCGGACCUGUGCUGCGUGAUCUCCAGCCUGGUCCAGCUGAUGCUCGACCCCUACUGCAGAACCCUGGCGGGGUUCCAGAGCCUGGUGCAGAAGGAGUGGGUGGCCGGCGGCCACAGCUUCCUGGACCGCUGCAACCACGUCCAUCAAAAGGACAAGGAGCAGUUCCAGUCUCCCGUGUUCCUGCUGUUCCUGGAGUGCGUCUGGCAGCUGCUGCAGCAGCACGGCCCGGCCUUCCAGUUCUCUGAGACCUACCUGACCGUGCUGUCCGACAGCGUCCACGUCCCCGUCUUCGGCACCUUCCUCUUCAACUCGCCCUACCACAGGGCCACCGUCAUGAAGAACGAUUCCCCGCAAACACAAAGAGGCCCAUUGAACUGUCCCGAAGUGUGGGACUGGUCCCUCCAGUUUGAGCGCAAGGCACAGGACCUCUUCACUAACCCUCUGUACGCCGAGAAGCCCAAGCAAGACAAGGGGGCGCGGAGAACCUAUCGGCCAAAGCACCAGAGGCAGCUGUCCUUGCCCAGCUCGGCCUUCAAGACCCCCCCAAAGAAGGGCUUUUUCAAGGAGGAGACGGACAGCCUGAAGAAGAUGCUGCGGGUGAAGCGGAUCAGCCGGUGGCUGCACUCGCCGGACUCGGCGCAGGCCUCCACGCGGGAGUUCUACGAGGCCUGGCAGCGGAAGCCUCUGGACUACCACAGCCUGAUCCUGCCCUGCCUGGACGGGCCCGCCAUGCGCGUCUGGAUGCAGCGCUACCUCCGCUGGAUCCACGAGGUACAGAUCUUCGGCGGCGGCGCCAUCACCGUCAUGAGCAAGCUGGCCGACCUGGUGGGGGAGGUGCAGGAGCUGCGCAGGGAGCUGGAGCGGCAGGCCUGCAGGGCCGACUCCAACCACCAGAGGGCGGCGGCGAGCCACAGGUCGUCGGUCCGCCUGUCCUCCUCCUUCCCCUUCGCCACCUCCCGCGUCUGGUCCUUCAAGCCCGCCAUCCCCACCAGCCUCCUGCAGAGCCUGAUGAUUACGGGCGGCCUGGCCGACCAGGACGACGAAGAUGGAGAGACCCUGGGCGUGGUCUGAGGACCCGCUGCUCUCGCCGGCCGAUCGCAUCGCGCCGACCAAUCACAUUCACAGCCGCGGCGGCGACGUGAAACAGGCCAGGUGCAUUUGGCUAAGGCGUUCUUAACCUGCCAUUAACUGGGAGCGGUGGUUCAGGUCAAUCAGGUUUACUGCAGGUCUCUGGGAACCUUCCACAUUCAGCCACCUAGAUGGUUCACGCCUCAGUGUAACUGUCAAGGUCAUGUAUAUAGGAAUGGCAGCCUAACUUAUAUGCAAUUUUAUGCUCUACUGUUCAAAAAGUGUGAUUUGCACGAAGAACUUUGCAAACACAGAUGCAAACUUAAGCACUCCACCAAAAAUGUACAUAUUUUUUCCGAUUCCAAAAAUAGUCUGUGUUCUUUCUGUUGACUUUUGACAUUAUACCAGUCCUUCUGAAGGAUAUGGCCUUGAUCUUUGGCCACACUUUGGAAGUCUGUGUUUACCAAUUUGGCCUUUUACUUAUACUUUCAAUAAAAAUGGGUAUGUUGGCCGUCACAGAGAAAGUGAGGUCCAAGAAAGCAAUACUACCAGAUAUUGAAAGCAAUAGUACCAACUAAUAGUUCCAACGACAAAGAUGACUGUUGGUCAUAGACGACGCAUGAUUUAAUUGAUUCAAACUCAAAUUGUUCCCUGUUGCAAGGUAGGUCAUUUUUGGAUCACGUUGCCACCUAGCAUUAAAAUUAAACCUCUUUCACCUCACAGAUUUCUGAGUCGUGUGACACUGGGUUACACCGCUUUAAUAGCAUGCUUCAGUUCAGUGCUACCGGGAUCAUUUUACAUUUCUUCUGUUAUUUUCUAUUUUUAUUUUUUAUGAGACCAUGUGUUGUUUUUUGCAAAUAAGGGCACCCCUUUACUUCCCCAAAUGGUAAUUUACACCAGUGUCACCUUAGGAACGGUUUAUAUAUAUACGAUUCAGGGUUAUUCUUCUUUUGAAUGAAACAGGCCGUUGCAUGACUGUUUACCAGUGUUUCUGAAACUAAUGGAAUUGUGCACUAAGUUUUCCAAAGAGGCGACCAGUUCAACUUUCAUUUGGUGGUAUUUACAUUUCAAAUC